UUUGUUAUCAUUAUUCUCGUAUUUAAGAGUUGAUCAGAGAGAAGGGAACAUUCAUCUGAGCCUUGGGAUUGGUCAUCUGAGCAACAUGGAACCAGAAACAGCAGAGCUUGGAUUACUUUCUGUGAAAGAACUAGCAAAGAAGGCACUAACCAAAGUUCCAGAGAGAUAUGUUAUUGCAGAUAUUGACCCUCCAAUUUUAUCUAACACAAACUCUUUGCCUCAGCUCCCUGUUAUUGACCUAAACAAGUUGUUGGCUGAAGAAUUGAAGGGUCCUGAACUGGAGAAGCUAGACUUUGCAUGCAAAGAAUGGGGUUUCUUUCAGCUGAUUAACCACGGAAUUAGCAUGGAAUUGGUGGAAGAUGUAAAGAGAGGUGCUCAAGAACUGUUCAAUCUUUCAAUGGAAGAGAAGAAAAAGCUUUGGCAGAAACCAGGAGAUAUGGAAGGGUUUGGUCAAAUGACUGAAAAGCCUAAAGGGGAAGCAUCAGAUUGGAUAGAUGGAUUCUACAUUUUAACACUUCCAUCUCACUUUAGGAAGCCCCACCUAUUCCCUAAUUUACCACUACCUUUCAGGGAAAAUUUAGAGGAUUAUUGCAUGGAGAUGAGAGACCUUGCCAUCAAUAUUUAUGUUCUUAUUGGGAAAGCUCUUGGUAUAGAUCAGCCAAAGGAAAUUAAAGAGUCAUUAGGGGAACCAGGACAAGCAAUAAAGAUCAAUUACUAUCCUCCUUGUCCCCAACCAGAAAAUGUCCUUGGCUUAAAGUCUCACACUGAUGCAUCUGCCCUAACCAUCCUUCUCCAAGCCAAUGAAGUGGAAGGCCUCCAAAUCAAAAAAGAUGGAAAAUGGGUUCCUGUUAAACCCCUCCCAAAUGCUUUCAUCGUUACUCUUGGAGAUGUUUUGGAGGUAACCAAAUUUGUAGUGACAAAUGGGAUAUAUAGGAGCAGGGAGCAUCGAGCAGUGGUAAACUCAAAUAAAGAAAGGCUAUCCAUAGCUGCAUUUAGUGGCCCAGAAUGGAGUGGAAACAUAGGUCCAGCACCUUCUCUUGUUACUCCAGAAACACCACCUUUGUUCAAAACAAUUGGUGUAGCAGAUUUCUAUAAGGGAUACCUUUCACCUGAGCAUCGGGGUAAAUCAUACAUAAACAAUGUUUUGAGGAUCCGAUAUGAGAACAUCAAAAGCUAGCUCUUGGAAUUCAAAUUAAUGACUGCUAGUUAAGUCAUGGAAACAUAAUAGUAAUUAAGUAAACCUUUCAAGAUAUUAUAUAUUUAAAUGCAAUGUGCAAUUAUUCGUCACAAGAUUGGAGAUUGAAGCAGAAUAUAUACAAAUUUUAAGAAGUGCUAGUGCCCGGCCCCCAUAGUCAAUAGAUGAUGGGAAUUAAGUCAUAAUUUUACAUGCCAGAAUGUAAUUGUUUUAAUAUGCAUUUGUGUAAUUUCAUUAGAAUGGUCCCAUGCAUGUGGGUGGAUUUGCUAUUUUUUAAUAUUGGUCAUGUGUAGUGUGUUGUUUGGAUUAUCCGUGUUAUGUAUAUUAUUAUUAUUGUUGUUGAAUUUGGUUCACGAUACGCUAAAGAA